CUUGCUGGCUCAUUGUAAUUCCCGCGAUUUUUUAACUGUUUUGGUUGUGCAAAAUCGUAGAAAUCGAGAAUAAAUUGUUGCUUUAUAUCACCUUUUUUUUCUUGCCUAUUAAAGAUGUAAAAUUAUAUUAUAUUUGCGCUUAAUACACGGCAUUUAAUGGAGGGAUUUACGGGUAUCCCGAAACUUUCAAUGCGGCCAGAGAGUUUUAAUACAGGUUUGGCAACUUUUGAAUGGAGUCAAUUUGCAAGUGCGACUGAAUUGGGCUCAGGUUCGUACGGCUUAAUAUACACAGGUAAAUUUAAUGAACAGAAUGUCGUCGUCAAAUCCAUGCGCAUUCGUAGUCGAGAAUGUAAGCGCCUGUUUAUAAAAGAAGCGCAGCUACUCAACAAGUUGAGAGGUCAUGAGCACAUCGCACGUUUUGUCGCCAUAUGUAACGAACCCUUGGCUAUCAUGAUGGAGCUUUUUUUUGACUUCAAACCAUUUGGUAUGGAUAAAGUUAUUACUUCUCUUGAUGAACUACUAAGUUUUGUAGAUGAACACUUAGAUUUCAGUGCGCUAAAGCAGUUUCAAACGAAAAUUGCCCAAGAUAUUGCAAGUGGACUAUCCCACCUUCAUGAAAAUAACAUUGCCCACAGAGACCUAAAACCUGCCAAUGUCCUUGUUUCUAAUCAGUAUUAUGCAAGUGAAAAGACAGACAGCCUCCGCAACCAAAUGUUCGUUGAUAAUCCUAUUCAGUGCAAGCUUACGGAUUUUGGCGAAAGUCGGGCUUCUUUUCUUCAAACGAGGACUUUAAUAGUGAGCAAAACUAACCGGUUGGACCGCGGAACCGAAGUCUUUUUGGCACCUGAGGCUCAACUGCGAUUAGCAAAGAACGUAACGAUUGAUGAUCUGAAGAAAUCCGAUAUCUGGGCUCUCGGUAUGACAAUGUAUUGCCUUCUAAAUCCUGAUCUUGACAACCCGUAUGAGAAUGCUUUCGUUAAAGCUAGAUUAGAACCAUCGGUGGAAUCGUUAAAGUUGCUGCUAAAUCAAAAACAAUUGCCAAAGCUUGAGCCAAACGGAAAGUACGAGCAUUUACAAGUCGGGGAAUGGUGGAAAGUCGUGUACGUUUUUGAAGCUUGCUCGCAAUUUGAUCCUCACAAGAGACCUGAGGUUCGCGAUGUCUCUGCAGUUUUAUCGAAAAACUACUUGGAGACAUAUCUUAAUUUUAUUCCACUAACUGUCAGUCAAUCUACUGCACUUGAGACGUCUGAUCGACAAAUGGCCGAGAGUCUGUCAAUCUUAUCCACACCAUCAAAAUUUGGCGAAGAACUUGGCGAAUCGUACGAUAACGAUGCCGAUGGUACCAAUGCGUGUGCAUUCCUGUGUGUAGCCCUAUGCGAUAAAUUCCUUGCCUUGCCUAACGAUGAAAUUGAUUGGAACGUACUUAAACAUAUGACUGAAAGUGUUAUUAGUGAGUUACCAGCAUUGUUAAACACAAUACGAGAUUGUGAAAAAUUAUACGAGCCCAUCACCGCGUAUUCUUUGUUACGGGAAAAUGGAAUUGUAGACGCCUGCAACCUUUCCGAGGAAUUUAUUGAUUCAUCUGAAGUGUUCAGAGUUGCUAGUAAAACUAACUUAGUCAACGUACUAUUUUCAAGAGCUGGAGAGUCAAAGACGGUUGGACUGUACACCUGCGAACCAUAUACCUUGAUGGUUGGAGUAAAUUGCAAUGCGUUGUUUAUCUUGGACACCCAUCCAAUAAGUCAGGCGCUAGGUGGCAAUGGAAACGGGAUCCUCGUGUUCUCUCCUGACAAAACGCUCAAAUCGUGUAAGAUGAUUGCCCAAUGGAUAUACGAGAGGUUGUUGCAUAGUGGCAUAAAGGGAAAAAAACAUCACAGCUUUGCAUGGAUUACACGAGAAUCAUCGGAGAUGUGCAACAACGAAGAAGAAAUUCAAAAGUCGAUAGCGCAUGAGGAGAACAGCACAAUGUCGAAAGGAAGAGACAACCAGAAUGUGACUAUGUACCCAAAGGAAAAGGAAAGGAAACGUCCGGCAGACGACGCUUCUUCGACUGGUGCUGAGAAAAGCGCUCCGAAAAUAACAACCAUAUCCGUAACGGAAUCUUCACCGAACAGCAAAGACGACGAAGAAAGGCGAAAUUCGGCAGUGGCUAAUUCUACCAAGGAGGGAAGCGUCGAAAUAACAAAAUCAGGAGGCGCAGAGGAAACCAGGGACCCAAAUGAAAGUCAGAUAAAUGAUGAAUCUUCCAGUUGCUUAGUAACGAUUUUGGAUGUUCCAGUCGUAAUAACAAUAACGGAAUCUUCGGAGAAACACAAUGAGGAGGAAAGGCAAAAUUCCGCAGUGGAUAAUAUUACCGAUGAAGCAAUGACGAAAUCAGGAGGCGAAGAGGCUACCAUCGACCAAAGUGAAAGCCAGGCGGAUAAUGAAUUUUCUAGUGACGAGAAAGCCAUUGAAAGAAUCGAUGCAUCCGGCGAAUGUUACAAGAACGAUGCAAUGACUCCAGUUUUCUCUUGGAGUAAAUCCGCCUAUACAAGUCAGGAACUAGUUUGUAUACUAAUAAAUGAUUAUCCAAUUGAGGAAACUUGCGCAUCGCAGCCAAUUAACGUCUCUCACAAUGCCUCUUUCCUGGUCGGCACAAAUUAUUUGGAACACCCUGAUGACAUAAAGUGUGACGACAUGGGUUCUUGGAAGCACAACGGCUCUCCAAAGCGUCUUUUCCAUGUGAAGAGAGAUCCAAACGGUGUGUUAACAGAAAUACAACGCUUAGAUGUAACGGUGCCUAAACAUGCCGCACUAAAAGAUAACAUUUACGAAUUGAGAAGGGCCUAUUACAGAAACUGUUCGGACAAGACUGUCCGGAAGAUAGUAUCUAAAUUAUAUGAUAACUGUGGUGCACAACUUCCAAAUGUGCUUAUUCAGUAUUUGUUCGAUGAUAAAGAACACGAAAUAAAACACGUUAUGCCCCACGGAAACUCAAAAACCAAGUCUUCGUACCGGCGGGUACUAUCAAGCACCAGAAAGCGAAUGAAACAGUCCAUACUUGACAGGGGAAAGACAGCCAAACAAACCCUUGAUGAAGUGUACUGUACAUCUGGAGACGUUAUAAAGGCAAGAUCGAUUGGCCAACUACCAAGAGGGCCCAGCGAUUUAUAUUAUGCAAGACACUCUGCAAAGAAGAUGCCCAAUUCUAGUCCGUUGCUUGAUCAAAGCAAGAAAAGCGAAGCCAAGGAAACUAGUCAACCUGCAAGUAUAGAUAGUAUGUGGACGCUUCUGGAACGUGCAAAGAGGGAAGAACAGUCAAAAGAAGAUGUGUUCAUACGCGAAUGCUCAAUUCACCCUAACCUGUUUGUAGUUCUUGCAAACGAUCGACAACUUGAUGAGGUUGCAAACUUCUGUACGCACCCAAGUGAACACAGUGUUUUCGGAAUUGAUCCAACUUUUAAUAUAUUUGACCGAAAUAUUAGCCUUACGGUUACUACAUACAGAAAUCUGAAAUUGGUCAACCCCAAAACCGGUAAACAACCAGUGUUUGUUGGACCGUUGCUCAUGCAUCAGAAAAAGGACUGGAAAACCUUUUCCAAAUUUGCACACUCAUUGGUUACUCUUAAACCAGAGUUAGAUGCAGUCCUUGCAUGCGGUACGGAUGGUGAAAGAGCGCUCGUCAAUGGUUUCAAACGAAAUAUGCGUUUUGCGGUAUUUCUACGAUGCUUUCUACAUUUUAAAGCUAAUAUUGAGAGAGAGCUAAUUUCGAGAGGAAUUACAGGGAAUGCUAAGAAAGAAUUCGUGUGCGAAAUAUUUGGAAAACAAGAAGGAGACAUUAAAUAUUUCGGACUUGUUGAUUGUGAAUCAGAAGAAGAAUUCGACGAAAAACUGCAACAGCUUCAACCGAUUUGGGAAGAAAGGGAGAUUGUAACUGAAAACAAAGAGAGGAAGCAAACAAUGUUCGAGUGGUUUAAACGCGAAAAGGCACAGGAUAUCAAGGACUCGAUGCUGAGACCGAUCAGAACAGAAGCAGGGCUUGGUAACCCACCAUCCGAAUACACGAACAACGACCCUGAAGCUGCAAACUUCAUCAUAAAGCAUGGGCUGCACUUCAACCCAAACAAACCCCACGAGUUUAUUGAAAAUGUCAAAGAAAUUAUCUUAACACAACAAAGAAAUGAAGAUCGUGCGGUAUUUGGAAAAGGUCCGUAUCGAGUACGAGAAGGUUUCACCCAUUUGUCCGUUGAUGACGUAGAAAGAAGCAGUUUAAGUCACGCUCAAAUGGAAAAAAGAUUGGCUGAUUUCAACAAAGCAAAAAUGGACAGCAGGGUUGACGUCGUCAGUCCAACCCCUCAAGACCAAGAGGACGAACCCACGUCGCGUUUAAGUGUCACAGCUAAUGAAAGCGGGAUAACAACAGUACCUCAACCGAUACUUGAAGCGAUGUUCGAAAGGGCCUCUAACUUGUUAGCGGUGCCGGGAAAAGUUAUUCCAAAGCCUGGUGCUGACGAUGGAUCAUUCGUAGUGGCAGGAUUAUCCAACAACAUACAUUGUGUAAAUCCUGGCAAAGGUGGUUCUCUCUCCUGCGAUCGCAGCUGCAUAAAUUAUGCGACCAAAAUUUGUGAACAUACACUAGCUGUCGCACAGGUGAGAGGCACAUUGAGCGAGCUGCUGACGUGGUUCAAGAGAAGAAAGAAGCGGCCUGCAAUGAUGGAGAUGGUCGAACAGAGUGGCCCCAAAACUGCAGGAAGGAAGCCGUCACAAAGAAAGCGGACCAAUGUUAAACGGCCUACAGUCAACGAAUACCGUCGACCUGUUACGUCCUCCAACAUCGCAAAUGUUACCCGAUGUGCCGUCCACAAUUCAACACGCAAGCAUUCCUUCAACCAAUAUUUAUACCCAACCUCCAACAUUCUCCUCUGUUGA